UCUCUCUCUCUUUCACUCUCUCCGUUGAUACUCACUCCCUCGUAAUUAUAAAAUAAAAUCUCCAUGUCUCCGUCCAUUCGAUCCCUCGCUCGCACGCGGAGCGUGGCGCGAAAGGUCACCGCCCCCGAACCCCAACCCCAUGAAGGCCCUCGGCACGUGCGGCGGAGAGCUCUUCGCCUCCGCGCUCCUCCUUCGCGUCUCCGUCCUCGCCCUAACGUCCGUUGUCUCCUUCUACCUCGGCAAGCAUUGGUCCGACGACUCCUCCGCGCUAUCUCGCAUCUUCUUCUUCAACGGCCCUAAUGAGGCCGUCUCCUCCGUCGCCCUCUCCCCCAACGCCAACCUCGUCACCAAUGUCUCCUCCCUCAUCUCCAACGACACCUCCGAGAUCCUCGCCGACGCUUCGCCGUCCCUCGAGGCCGCGCCGCCGCCGCCGCCGCCGCCGCCGCCAUUGACGGAGAGGAUUGGGGUCGUCGACGAGAACGGGACGAUGAGAGCGGAUUUCGACUUCGAUGCGGAUCUGGGAGGCGAUUUCGACGAGGCGGGGGCCGAGAACGAGACGAGCGAUGGGGGUGGGGCGGCGGAGGAGAAGGUUAGGGUUCGGAUCGAGAAGUUUGAGCCAUGUCCGGAGGCGAUGAGCGAGCACAUUCCGUGCUUGGAUAACGAGGAGGAGAUCAAGAAGCUCAACUCGACGGAGAGAGGGGAGAGGUUCGAGCGACACUGCCCCGGCGAGGGGAAAGUGUUGGAUUGUUUGGUUCCUGCUCCGAAGGGUUAUAGGAGCCCAAUUCCAUGGCCUACGAGCAGAGACGAGGUGUGGUUUAACAACGUACCGCAUACUCGCCUGGUUGAAGAUAAAGGGGGACAAAAUUGGAUAACGAAGGACAAGGAUACGUUUAAAUUUCCUGGUGGGGGAACCCAGUUUAUUCAUGGAGCAGAUCAAUAUUUGGAUCAGAUUUCUAAGAUGGUCCCAGGGAUUGCAUUUGGUAAUCGUACAAGAGUUGCCCUGGAUGUUGGAUGCGGAGUUGCAAGUUUUGGUGCCUUUCUGCUUUCAUGGAAUGUGAUCACUUUGUCCAUUGCUCCAAAAGACGUCCAUGAAAAUCAAAUUCAAUUUGCUCUUGAGCGCGGUGUGCCUGCAAUGGUAGCAGCUUUUGCAACUCAUCGGCUGUUGUAUCCAAGCCAGGCGUUUGACCUAAUUCAUUGUUCAAGAUGCCGAAUAAAUUGGACCCGUGAUGAUGGAAUUUUGCUUCUUGAGGUCAACAGAUUACUUCGAGCCGGAGGAUAUUUUGUUUGGGCUGCGCAACCUGUUUAUAAACAUGAAGAGAGCCAACAAGAGGCAUGGAAGGAGAUGGAGGACCUUACUUCUCGUAUUUGUUGGCAACUUGUGAAAAAGGAAGGAUAUAUUGCCAUAUGGCAGAAGCCUUUGAACAACUCUUGCUAUUUCAGUAGGGAUUCUGGAAUCCAACCUGCACUAUGCGAUGCGGAUGAUGACCUUAAUAGUGUUUGGUAUGUGAACCUCAAAGCAUGUAUCAGCCAACUUCCCGAUAAUGGAUAUGGAGCAAAUAUUCCAGCAUGGCCUGGUCGCCUGUAUGAACCACCACAAAGACUCCAAGAAGUAGACAUGGAUGCUUCUAUAGCUAAAAAUGAACUUUUUAAAGCAGAGUUGAGAUAUUGGAAUGACAUUAUUGAUGGCUAUAUCCGCAUUUUCCAUUGGAAAGAAUUGAAGCUACGGAAUGUAAUGGACAUGAGAGCUGGAUUUGGAGGGUUUGCAGCUGGAUUAAUCGAUCAACAGUUUGAUUGCUGGGUGAUGAAUGUUGUUCCAACCAGUGGACCCAACACAUUACCUGUAAUUUAUGAUCGUGGACUAAUUGGUGUCACUCAUGACUGGUGUGAACCAUUUGAUACAUAUCCAAGAACGUAUGACCUACUUCAUGCAUUUGGCCUUCUCUCCAAAGAGCAGAAAAGGUGCAACAUAUCAGUUAUAUUGUUGGAGAUGGAUCGCAUUCUAAGGCCUGGUGGGAUCGUUUACAUUCGCGACUCAAAAUUCAUCAUGGAUGACAUUCAGGCCGUCACGAAAGCCAUGGGAUGGAGGAAUGACCUCCGCGACACGGCCGAGGGCCCAUAUGCAAGCAGGAAAAUAUUGAUGUGCCAGAAACCGAUGGUCCAUUCUUAGAAUCUCCGCACCUUUCCUUGUAUCCUUGUGGAGAGAGGAGCUUGUUCCCUUUGUCAGGUUGUGGCGCAUAGGAGGUUCCGAAGUUUAGCUGUAGUUUGCCUCAGAGGAAGAAGAUGAAAUUGUUGUAGCAUUUUUGGCACUCCUACUUAAUUAAAGACCCCUUUCUAUGAUUUUUUUUUUUUUUUUUCGUGUUAGAUGUGGAAGUGAUGUAAGUGUAGCAUGUUGAUUCAUACGUUAUUGAUUUUGUUAGCAAAACAUGGAUAUGGUUUGGCCGGUAAA